AUGGCAUUUCGAUUUGGGGUCCUUGUUUUGGCUUUGCUAUUUUGUUUGAAUGUUAACUCUGUGGAAUCUGAUGAUGGUGAGUUUCGUUUACGGUUUCAAGUUUCUGUUUGUUUGUCUAUUUUCACAUUGCUUGGAACGAGAGCAACGUUGCUGGAGAUAAAGAAAUCUUUCAGGGAUUUGGAUAAUGUUCUCUAUGAUUGGACAGACUCACCAUCAUCAGAUUAUUGUGUCUGGAGAGGGAUAACAUGUGAUAAUGUCACAUUUAAUGUUGUUGCACUCAAUCUGUCAGGGUUGAAUCUUGAUGGAGAAAUUUCACCUGCAAUAGGGAAACUUCGGAGUUUGGUCUCUAUUGACCUGAGAGAAAACAGGUUAUCAGGGCAGAUGCCAGAUGAAAUUGGUGACUGUUCUUCUUUAAAGAACUUGGACUUGUCAUUUAAUGAAAUUAGAGGGGAUAUACCAUUUUCGAUUUCUAAGUUGAAACAACUGGAGAAUCUUAUUCUGAAGAACAACCAGUUGAUUGGACCAAUUCCUUCAACUUUGUCUCAGAUUCCUAAUUUGAAGAUUCUAGACCUGGCUCAAAAUAAUCUUAGUGGUGAAAUACCAAGGCUUAUAUACUGGAACGAAGUUUUGCAGUAUCUGGGCUUGAGAGGGAACAAUUUGAUUGGUUCACUAUCACCAGACAUGUGUCAGUUAACUGGGCUGUGGUAUUUUGAUGUGAGAAACAAUAGCCUGACAGGAAGUAUUCCAGAAAACAUAGGCAAUUGUACUACCUUCCAGGUCUUGGAUUUAUCCUACAACCAGCUAACUGGAGAGAUACCAUUCAAUAUUGGAUUCUUGCAAAUAGCAACUUUGUCAUUGCAAGGCAAUAAACUCUCAGGGCAUAUUCCAUCGGUGAUUGGUCUCAUGCAAGCACUUGCUGUCUUAGACUUGAGCUGUAACAUGUUAAGUGGACCAAUCCCUCCUAUCUUGGGAAAUUUGACCUACACAGAAAAAUUGUACUUGCAUGGAAACAAGCUGACUGGCUUCAUCCCUCCAGAGCUUGGAAAUAUGACAAAACUUCACUAUUUAGAACUGAAUGAUAACCAUUUAAGUGGACAUAUUCCACCUGAGCUUGGAAAGCUAACUGAUCUGUUUGACUUAAAUGUUGCUAAUAACAAUCUCGAGGGAACAAUUCCUGGUAAUAUUAGCUCAUGUAAAAAUCUCAACAGCCUCAAUGUACAUGGAAACAAGUUGAAUGGAACAAUUCCCCCUGCUUUGCAAAGCUUGGAGAGCAUGACCUCUUUGAAUCUUUCUUCCAACAAUCUUCAGGGUGCAAUUCCAAUUGAACUGUCACGGAUUGGUAAUUUGGAUACAUUGGAUAUUUCGAACAAUCAUUUAGUUGGAUCCAUUCCUUCUUCCCUUGGUGACUUGGAACAUCUUCUGAAGUUGAAUCUAAGCAGAAACAAUUUGACAGGAGUUAUUCCAGCAGAAUUUGGAAAUCUUAGAAGUGUCAUGGAAAUUGAUCUUUCAAAUAAUCAACUCUCUGGCCUGAUUCCCGAAGAGCUUAGUCAGCUUCAGAACAUGAUAUCCUUGAGACUUGAAAACAACAAAUUAACUGGUGAUGUCGCAUCUCUUUCAAAUUGUCUUAGUCUCUCUUUGCUUAAUGUGUCCUAUAACAAACUAUAUGGUGUUAUCCCCACGAGUAACAACUUUACCAGGUUUCCCCCCGACAGUUUCAUUGGAAACCCUGGUCUUUGUGGUAAUUGGCUGAAUUUACCAUGUCAUGGUUCUCAUCCUUCAGAGCGGGUUACAUUAUCUAAGGCUGCCAUUCUUGGAAUUACCCUUGGUGCCCUUGUGAUUCUUCUUAUGGUAUUGCUGGCAGCUUGCCGACCACACAAUCCUUCUCCUUUUCCUGAUGGAUCACUUGACAAACCAGUUAAUUACUCACCCCCAAAACUAGUGAUUCUUCAUAUGAAUAUGGCACUUCAUGUGUACGAAGAUAUCAUGAGGAUGACAGAAAACUUAAGUGAGAAGUAUAUAAUUGGAUAUGGUGCAUCAAGUACGGUAUAUAAAUGUGUUCUCAAGAAUUGCAAGCCGGUGGCUAUCAAGAGGAUCUAUUCUCACUAUCCCCAAUGCAUUAAAGAAUUUGAAACUGAACUUGAGACUGUUGGCAGCAUUAAGCACCGGAAUCUAGUCAGUCUCCAAGGCUACUCUUUGUCUCCGUAUGGCCAUCUUCUGUUUUAUGACUACAUGGAAAAUGGUAGUAUAUGGGAUCUUCUUCAUGGACCUACUAAGAAGAAAAAGCUUGACUGGGAUCUGCGUCUGAAAAUAGCACUUGGAGCAGCACAAGGGCUUGCCUAUCUACAUCAUGAUUGCAGUCCUCGAAUCAUCCACAGGGAUGUGAAAUCAUCAAACAUUUUAUUAGACGCAGACUUUGAGCCCCAUCUUACUGAUUUUGGCAUUGCCAAAAGCCUCUGCCCCUCAAAGUCGCAUACUUCUACCUACAUAAUGGGCACAAUUGGCUACAUAGACCCUGAGUAUGCUAGAACUUCCCGUCUCACUGAGAAGUCUGAUGUGUACAGUUACGGCAUCGUUUUACUUGAGUUGCUAACUGGAAGGAAAGCUGUUGACAAUGAAUCCAACCUCCACCAACUGAUUUUGUCCAAGGCAGCAACCAAUGCUGUAAUGGAAACAGUUGAUCCAGACAUAACGUCCACAUGCAAGGACCUUGGAGCUGUAAAAAAGGUUUAUCAGCUUGCUCUAUUAUGCACAAAGAAGCAGCCAGCUGACAGGCCGACGAUGCACGAAGUAACACGUGUACUCGGAAGCCUUGUGCCAUCAAACACCCCUCCAAAACAACCAGCUGCACUAACUCCUGCUUCAAACCCAUCUGCCAAAGUGCCAUGCUACAUGGACGAGUAUGCAAACCUCAAGACUCCACACUUGGUGAACUGCCCCUCAAUGAGCACCUCAGAUGCACAGCUCUUCCUCAAGUUUGGAGAAGUAAUCUCUCAGAACACGCACAAGGUUGCAGUAGUGAAAGUUAAGGUUCUGGGGCCAAUGUGCACAGGGUGGGGUAGCAAAGGUCUUAAUGGUAGGGGCAGAGUGCAUCCAUUACCUCUUUUAUUACCUGAUGCCAUUUGCUCAGUAAAGUGCUAUGAAAUUAUUCAUGAAAUUUUGGGUCAGUGGCUUGGCCUGGAAGGGCUCAGAUAA